AUGCCGCGACGGCGCGAAGUCUUGCGACGAGAGGAACAUGAUGAGGAGAAUCAGCCCGAGGACGUAGCCGCGACUCUGCUGCGCCGCGCGCUCCGCGUGGAGGGCGCCGGGGUGCGGGACGAACAUCCUCGCCGCGGCGUCGGCGUCGGCUUCGGGCGGCGGCGACGGCGCGUCGCGCGGGGCAGCGGGAGUAUCCAGCUUGAGGGGAGAUGGGCCUCCGAGCGCGCGGACGAGAUCUGCCGACGAACCCGCCCGCGCGCGCCCCGAGAACUUAAGUUCGACGCGAAUGCGUUCGAAUUCUGUAGUGCGUCGUCGUCGUCGUUCGAUCGUCGAGCGCGUCAGUGCGCGACGCGCGCUCGCGAGCCGAUGACGAAGUUCGACAACGUCCGCAUCAGCAGCCGCGGCGGGAAACGGGUCGCGGACGACCACGGCGUGAACUGGAACGAGCAGCUCCCGUCGACCGGGUUCGAGGUGGACGCGGACGGCUGGCUCAAGCCCGCGAAGCCCGAUCCCGGCGCGACGACGGGACGCGACGCGCGCGAGCGCCGCGCGUCCGCGUUCGUCGACUUUUAUCGCGCCGACGACGACGACGCCGACGACGGCGACGGCGGCGACGACGCCGGCGCGCUCUUCGCGACGCUCGUGAUCGAGCUCUACGACGACCUCGCGCCUCUCGCGUCGCGCGCGUUCGCGGACGCGUGCGCGCGCGCGUCGACGCGCGGCGACGCGUCGGUGCGAUGCGACGGCAUCGACACGCUGCACGUCUCCGUCCCGCGCGGCGACGACGACGCGUCGCUCGCGGCGCUCGCGGCGUCGCUCGCGUCCUCCUCCGAGUCUUCGCCGCACGCAUUCGGACGCGCGGGCGGCGGCUCGCCGCUGUCGCACGCCGCGGGCGCGGGAACGAUCUCGCUGGAUUCGCGCGACGGCUCCUUCGCGCUCCUCUUCGCGCCGAUGCCGGAGUGGGAUCGCCGCGGCGCUCAGCGCGUUGUGGUCGGGAGGAUUCGGCGCGGGUGCGAGCGCGACGUCGACGCGCUGCGCCGCGCGGCGGCCGCCGCGUCGAUCCGCGACGACGCCGACGGCGUCGUCGCGUUGCGCGUCGGCGCGGCGGGGAGAGUCGUCGACGACGUCGGCGGCGGCGUCUUCGGAACCGGCGACGCGGCGAUCGCGUCGAGCCGCGCGAGGGCGCUCGAGACCGCGGAGGAGGCGCGGCGGCGACGCGAGACGAAGGGCGAGACCGCCGCGCGGGUGGAGGCGGAGAGCGACCAAGUGAAGAGCGCGGUGCGAGAGUCGCUCGCGUACGCCGCCGCGGGCGCCAAGCGAAAGGCGCGUUCUAUUCACUGGUUUCCAUACGACCCCGCUGGCGUGGUGAACGCCGUUCCUUAA